GUUUGACAGUCCUUGAACGCACCAUUGUACGUGCGCUAGCCUUCUCCCACUCUGCACAGAUUGUCAACUAUACUGUAUUUUUAUCGGGGUUUUUUUCACUUCAUAUUUGCUCCCAAAUGCUGAUACUCAGUGGGAAUGCAUCAAGGUCAGGCUGCAGCUGGAUCGUGGUGGCGGUCCAGUUUCCUGGCGGCGUCAGAGCAGUAAAGUUGUGCAAGUCCUCCGAAAUUGGCUCUGAGCCUCGGGUCGGAACCAGCGUGCACAGUAGCAGCACCCAGAGGUGGAUGCUUUGAGAAGGGAGUCCCACUUUUGGAAACAUGGGCUUGAGUGACGUUAAAGAUGUCUCUUUGGAGAAUGAAAGUUCACAGCAUCAGGGUCACAUGUUCUGACCUCCUUCCUGCACGGGCAAGAGAACAAUCCGUGAUGCUGGCAUCCUGCAAGAGGCUAAGCGGAGAAAGAGACUGGGCCGGACGACUAAGCUCUUGCAUAACAGCGACUGACUUGCUGAGCUGUGCUGAGCUCUCCCUCAUGCAGUUGCAGCGUGCCCCCACCCCACUGUGUGUGACCCUCUCACGUGCACCCCUCUUGUUGUUUUCAGUGUACCGUGAAGUGACAGAUGUGUCACUCUGAGGUGGAACUGGAGCACCAACACGAUAAGUGAAGAUGGGUAUAGUUGUAUUUCUACAAUGUGCCACGGGCCGCAAAUGGCCCCGGGGCCACACUUUGGACACACCUGGCUUAAGCGCCACCCAGAGGGUCCUCGUGUCAUCCAUGAGGCUGGAGGCCGCAGCCAGGAUGGAUCUGUUCAGGAAGCUGUGGAGGGCGAGGAAUCUGAUUGUUGUGGUUUUCAUCCCACUGUCCUUGCUGCCGCUUCCGCUCAUACACCCCACCAGUGAAGCAUGUUGUGCAUACGUGCUGAUCGUGACAGCAGUCUAUUGGGUGUCCGAGGCUGUUCCCUUGGGUGCUGCCGCCCUGGUCCCCGCCUUCCUCUACCCGCUCUUUGGCGUGCUCAAGUCAAGUGAGGUGGCAGCAGAGUACUGUAAAGACACCACCUUGCUGCUGAUGGGAGUCAUCUGUCUGGCUGCAUCCAUCGAGAAGUGGAACCUGCACAAACGCAUCGCCCUGCGCAUGGUGAUGAUCGCAGGAGCCAAGCCUGGCAUGUUGGUGCUGGGCUUCAUGUGUUGCACAGUGUUUCUGUCCAUGUGGCUCAGCAACACAUCCACCACAGCUAUGGUGAUGCCUAUAGCGGAGGCUGUACUGCAGCAACUCAUAUGCACCGGCAUGGCAGACAACCUAGAGACUGCAGAGGUCACCGAGGACGACAGCGCUGUUUCAGACAAAGAAGAAAACUUGGAGAAGAACCAACUGGAGCUGCUGUACCGUAAUGACAACAAUGAUUGCAGUAAACAUGAACUGUCUACACUUAGUGAGGUUGGGAGUGGGGAGGCCAAUGGAGUGGCUCUGAAUCCAAAUGCCAACAAGGAGUGCAUCAGACACACAAACGGACACUUGCCGCAGGUUGCCAUUGAAAUCCCAAAUGUGAAGCGUGUAAAGGCCAGGCGAGAUUCCCAGUACCCCACCAAGAGAGAUCACAUGAUCUGUAAAUGUCUGACACUCAGCAUCACCUACGCUGCGACCAUCGGCGGCCUCAUCACCAUCACGGGCACCUCCACCAACCUUAUCUUUGCUGAACAGUUUAACACACGUUACCCAGAUGCCAAGGUGAUCAACUUUGGCACAUGGUUCAUCUUCAGUUUCCCCAUCGCCAUCAUCAUGCUGGUCCUAACUUGGCUGUGGCUUCACUUCCUCUUCCUUGGCUGCAACUUCCGGGAAACAUGCUCACUGAGUAAGAAACGCAAGACUAAGAGAGAGAUGAUGUCCGAGAAGAGAAUCCAUGAAGAGUAUGAAAAGCUGGGACCCAUCAGUUACCCAGAGGUGGUCACCGGUGUUUUUUUCAUCCUGAUGACUCUGCUGUGGUUCACAAGAGAGCCUGGUUUUGUUCCCGGCUGGACGUCUCUCUUUGAGAAAAAAGGUUAUCGGACUGAUGCAACAGUGUCUGUCCUGCUGGGCUUCCUGCUCUUCCUCAUUCCUGCAAGGCGACCCUUCUCCUCAUCCUCAUCAAGCUACAGAGACCCAGUUACAGUGUCGGAUCCACUCGCUCCCAUGAUCACCUGGAAGGACUUCCAGAGACUGAUGCCGUGGGAGAUUGUCAUCCUGGUGGGUGGAGGGUAUGCACUGGCUGCUGGCUGCAAGGUGUCAGGCUUGUCAGUGUGGAUUGGCAGACAGCUGGAGCCCAUGAGCGGACUCCCACCCUGGGCUGUCACCCUGCUGGCUUGCCUGCUGGUGUCAGCGGUCACGGAGUUUGCCUCCAACCCGGCUACCCUCACCGUCUUCCUGCCCAUCCUCUCUGCACUGUCAGAGACCUUGCACAUCAACCCCCUCCAUACUUUAAUCCCCUCCACUAUGUGCGUGUCAUUCGGGGUCAUGCUUCCAGUCGGGAACCCCCCCAACGCCAUCGUCUUCAGCUACGGACACCUGCAGAUCAGCGACAUGGUGAAAGCAGGUUUCGGGGUGAACCUGAUUGGCGUGGCGGUAGUGAUGUUAGCCAUCACCACAUGGGGGGUCCCGCUCUUUAAUUUGACUGAGUUCCCAGCCUGGGCAGUGGCCAGCAACGUUACCAGCAGCUUAUAGCCCCCCUUUGGAGCGGUUCUGUGGAGGGAAUGAAAAGAAAUAUGUGAACUGUACUGAAGAAGAUGAAAGGAGGGAAGGAAGAACCGUUUAGAAUGAUACUUUUGUUGGGCCAAUUCAGUAUUGACAAUCAAAGCUGAUUGUCACACUGUAUUUUAUUUUAUGAUCUGUCAUAAUUGGACGGAUAUCCUUACUUGCCGUGUGAUGUAUCACGUUGAAAAUCAUUACCACAUAGUGCCUUUUUCAGUAAAUGUUGCAAAAGGUGUAGACUGUUGCUACACUUUAAAUGAAUGUGUCCUUGCUGUUUGAACAGCAAGUGUGGAGAAUUGAUUGGAUGGACUGUUUAAAAGAGGCGGAUGCUUUAUUUACAGGCAAUAAAUGCACAGCGAGAGGCUUCUAUAACAGUAUUUCUGAUGUGUAGUAUAAUGUAAUGAUAUAACAUAUGUAGUGUACACUGCAAGCUGCGACAAUUCAAGAUGCCAGCUGUCUUUACCAAAGUUAUCACACUGUAAACAUAUUAGCCAUGAUUGGCCACAGUGCCUUUUUAUUAAUAUGACAGCUCCAGAAAACACUUUCAAAGGCACUGGGAGAGUGCAAACUGUAAAACAAUAUGUAUCUGCUUUACAUGCAGCACGUGGAAUAGCACAUAAUUAUAUUAUCUCCUAUACUGCUUUGAAACAUGCUUUCAUGAAGACAUCGAAGGACUUUUGAUGUAACCAUGGUGACCGAUGCAAUGAAGCACAUCAAUUUUGACAAAAAAAACAAGUUUAUGAAAUGGGUUACAGUUGAAUAAGCUGACUUGUUGCCUUGGUGAUGUGAACGGGGAGCUAUAUUGGAAAGGCACAAAGGGUGAGCACACAUAUUUGUAUGAUAUGAUAAUCAAUGUUCAAAUCUGCUGGUAAAAGAACACAUUCAAUGUGUUAUGCAUAAAUGUACAAGGUGUUUUGUAUUUUUACACAAUUUGACAAUGAAACAUGUAGCUUUUAUCACUUUUACCAUAGUAUAGGUACAAUCAAAAUACUAUGCAUUUAUGUUUUUUUGUAAUUUAUUCAUGCCUACCUUUUGUAAGUACAUACAGGCUUGUAACUUAAAAAGCUGAAGUGUUUACUUGGUGUCAUUCAUGCAGACAUGACCGUUAGGAAGACCAAAUAAUGUGUACAAGAAUAAAAUCCCUGAAGCCAAUGUCUGUUAUUUAUAUUUAUUUCAAAAAGAUUGCAUGAUCACGUGUAGCCACAACGGAUUUUCCUUUACAUAAAUCCACAGUGAUAGUACACAUUUUUCCAAUGAAAUAUAAAUGUGGAUCUCUUCCAUUAUUGUUGUAUUUGUUACUUCACACCAGCUGGACAACAUGAGCAGAUGAAGAUGUUGAAACACCCCAUUUCCAUUCCAAAUGUGAUGUUUAGCUCUGUACAUAUAAAUACACCACACCACUCAAAAAAGAGAAAUGUAACCAAGUCCUUAAGGCCCCAAACAUGACAAAAUAAAAGUCUUCUUUGUCUUGUGUUUUAACAGUGGUUGGCGUCCUUUGUGGGGCAUUACAGCCCCCGGCACUGCUUCUAGACUGUCACAUUUUCCCCCAGUCUGUUUUUUUUUUUUUUUUUUAGAUAUUCUUUUCUGUCCAUGUUAUUAUCCAACAUCUUAAUUAUUUUGUUGCUGGUCAAGUCCAACAUUCCCUUUUGGACUUAA